UAAACUUGAGUUUUUUUUCUUGGAUAUAAAACAUUUGAGAACAUAAUGAUUUUGAAGACUUUGUGUUUUCUUUAUUUUGUGAAGUGUUUACUUGCAGAAGUUAAAUUUCAUAUUGAGCCGAGCAGUCCGAUAUUUGCUGUAGAAAAUACAACACUUUUUAUCAAAUGCAUUGCAGAAGACACUGCUGGAAACAUCAAUACAACUACUAAAUUUAGAGCUGGUCCAAAUGAAAUUAAAACUACUUCUGAUAAUCAUAUAGUUGUGACUACAACUUAUAUUGGUUCAAAGACAAUAAUUGAAUUAAAGAUAUCUGGUAUUCAGUCCAAGGAUCUAUAUGAUCAAAGCAAAUUGUAUUGUGCAACACCUAACAGUGAUUAUCAGAUGGAUGUAUAUAUACUAUCAGAGCAGUAUGUACCAAAAUUUGUUAAUGAUGCUCCAACUACAUUGUCUACUGUAUAUGGUUCUGAUUUCUCAUUCAGUUGUAGUGUAGUCAGUAAAAGAAAUGAAAAAUAUCACGUUGAUAUUGAAUGGAAUUUUGAUGGUAUACUUGAAUCAAACAUUAAGUACAUACCAGAUGCUUCAAAUCAAACUUUUUUAAGAUCUAAAGUAAUCAUUUCUGGUGUUAAAUAUAGUAAUGGCGGAAAAUAUAGUUGUAUAGCAAAGCUCUCCGUUGAUGGUUAUGAAAAAAAAUAUACAAAGAUAUUUAAUUUGGCAGAAAUUUCAGCUGAAACAAACCAACCAUCUAAAGAAGAAAUUGUAAAAGCCGGAUCAGAUGUUACAUUAGUUUGUGAUAUUGCUGGUUAUCCAGCACCAAAGUAUGUUUGGAAAAAAUUUGAGGCUGUUAUUGAUAAUUACACAGAUAGUCGCUACAAGUUUAGCAAAGAAAAUUCGUCAGAGUAUGAAACAUUGACUAUAAAUGAUGUUACGUACAGUGAUCGUGCAGUAUAUAGCUGCAUUGUUAACUUUAAUAAUUCACAAGUUGUUAAAGAAUUUACAUUAAGGGUUAGAGAUCCUUUGAAUGCUUUAUGGCCUGCAGUUGGUAUUCUAAUUGAAGCUGUUUUGUUAGCAAUUAUUAUUUUUUCAUGUGAAGCUUGCAAAAAGUCAAAACAAGGGAAAAAAAAUUACAAAAUGAAAGAAAAUGAAGAAAAUGAAGAAACCUCACCAUUAGUAGGUAAUUCUCCUACUAAAAUUGUGUAUUCUGGAGCCGAGGAUUCUGCUAGGUUGCGAUCAUCAAAAGAAAUUGUUGCUUGAUCUGUUAGUUCAACAAAUUAAAGAAGAGUUGAAACUAGCAAUAGCAUAUAUUUCAGUUAGUUUUAUUUACCUAUGGUUUUAGGGUCGUCGUUUUCAUGUUUUGUAGUUGAUAUGUUAAAAAAUCUAUUUAAAGUGAAUUCCUUUUAGGGUUUUUUAAAAAGAACACAAAAUAUCUUGCAUAAAACUGCUCUUAACUUGUGUUACAUUGUUUAGUUUUUAUAUCAAUUGCAAUUUAUUUAUUUUUUACUUGACAAAUUGCAGUUUUUUGUUUUUGAUCAAUAAAAACAUUUUAUUUUCAGUUUAUGAAAAUAUUUAAUUUUGACCAUUAAAAAUUUUUUGUUUAUAAAAAGUAAUUUUUGAAUAGUAAACGAAUCAAUUUUGCUUUUUGUAAAAAUUAUUUUAUUGUAGUAGAUGCAUCAAACACGA